AUGGGGAAAUCUUCCAAGGACAAGCGCGAUGCCUACUACCGUCUUGCGAAAGAGCAAAAUUGGCGCGCCCGCUCUGCUUUCAAAUUAAUUCAAAUCGACGAGCAAUUCGACCUCUUCGAACACGAGAACCCAGAGAAAGUCACCCGAGUCGUGGAUCUUUGCGCUGCGCCCGGGAGCUGGAGCCAAGUGCUUAGUCGGGUUCUGAUCAAGGGCGAAAGCUUUGGACGACGGGCUUGGCUGGAAAAGAAACAGAAAGAGCAGGACGCGCUACAACGAGGCGCGAGUCUUGCGCCUCAAGGCGAGACCGAAGAACAAUACGAAAUUGGCGAAAGUGACCCGAGCGCAGAACUGAAGCCACGAAAAAAUGUGAAGAUUGUCUCGAUUGACCUGCAGCCUAUGGCGCCGCUCGAAGGCAUCACCACUCUCAAAGCCGAUAUCACACACCCUUCUACAAUCCCUCUUCUCCUGCGCGCUUUGGAUCCAGAGGCCUACGACUCCCCUUCAACGACCACCGACUCACCGAAUACCCCAGCUACAAUCCGUCAACCACACCCCGUUGAUCUUGUUAUCUCCGACGGUGCUCCCGACGUGACAGGUCUCCAUGACCUUGACAUCUAUAUCCAGUCCCAAUUACUCUAUGCGGCGCUCAACCUCGCCAUGGGCGUGCUCCGUCCCGGAGGCAAAUUCGUCGCCAAGAUCUUCCGAGCUCGCGACGUUGAUAUCCUUUACGCUCAACUGCGUACCGUAUUCGAACGAGUCAGCGUCGCUAAGCCACGAAGUAGUCGAGCCAGUAGUCUGGAAGCGUUCAUUGUCUGUGAAGGAUUCAUUCCACCCGUUGACGGUGAAUCAUCAGGGAUGGCCGCUCUGAAGAACCCCAUGUUCGGUGGCGCUGCGAACCCAAAGCCCAUAUCAGAAGACGGAAAUCUCGCACUCCAGGUGCCCGAGGCCGAAGAAGAAGAAGAAGAGAAGAGCCGACCUGUUUUAGCCAAGAAUAUUACAUCAAAUACGACCUCCACGCAAAAUCACAUUACAGAAGUCCGCCAAUUGCACCCAGCAGACAAGCCAUCACCGAAAAAGCUGCCCACGAAAUACUCUGCAGAGAACAGAUGGAUUCCUCCUUUCCUGGCUUGCGGUGACCUUUCAGCCUGGGACUCAGAUGCGUCGUAUGCUCUUCCCCCAGAUCAUGUUAGCCUAGCUCCUGUUCAACCUCCCACAGCACCUCCUUACAGGAAGGCUUUGGAGUUGAGGAAGAAACUAGGCGGGCAUUAUGGAAAGACUAAAAACGUGCAAUGA